CUCUGUUUAUGAUUCCCAUAAAGUGUAAUUUAAUUUUAUUAUUUAGUGAAACUAAAAAACCGUUUUAUCUUGUCAAAAUUAAACCGAAAUUUGUUUACUUUUAUUUUAUAUGAUACAUUUGUAAAAUUAUUGUUAAAGUAUGGAAAAAACAAAAACUUAUGAUAUUACAAGGAGGAAACUGAAUCGUAUGAAGGAUUUUGAAAGGAGAUAUGAUAGAAAAGAAUUAAUGAAAAAGAUCUCAAUCUUAUUAAAGAGAUGUGAAUCUACUUGGACAAAAGAAGAUUUAUUUUUACUAGAUAAAAAUGUAGAUUUAGUCCGACAAAUAAAGACACGUAAGGAAAAGUUACUUCUUUACAAAGAGCGUGCAAUUGAAAAAGAGGACUCUGCAACUGUAAUUGAAAACAAGGUCGCAGAGCUGGCAAAAAUAAUAUCACAAGCAAAACACCUUGUUUGUUACACAGGCGCAGGAAUAAGUACUGCAGCGCAUAUACCAGAUUAUAGAGGCAGUAAUGGCAUAUGGACACUUUUGCAAAAAGGACAAGACAUUGGAAAUCAUGACUUAUCACUCGCCAAUCCUACUUACACUCAUAUGGCUCUGUAUGAACUUCAUAAAAGAAAACUUUUACGUCACAUUGUAUCCCAAAAUUGUGAUGGUCUUCAUUUAAGAUCUGGACUCCCAGUUAAAUCAUUAUCAGAAAUUCACGGAAAUAUGUACAUUGAAGUUUGUUCCAAAUGCAAACCAAAUAGUGUUUAUUGGAGGCUUUUUGAUACUACUGAAAUUACAGCACGUUAUGCUCAUAAGACAAAUAGAAGGUGUUACAAAUGUGAAAAUCCACUAAUGGACACCAUUGUUCAUUUUGGAGAAAAAGGAAUCUUUAAACGACCGCUAAAUUGGAUAGGCGCUUGUCACAAUGCUGAUAAUGCUGAUGUCAUUUUGUGUUUAGGAUCUAGCUUAAAAGUUCUUAAGAAAUACCAUUGGCUUUGGCAAAUGGAUCGCCCUUCAAAGAAACGAGCAAAAAUUUGCAUUUUGAAUCUCCAAUGGACCCCAAAGGACAAAAUUGCAACAAUUAAAAUAAAUGGGAAAUGUGAUGUUGUUAUGAAACAACUAAUGAACCACCUCAAUAUUCAUGUGCAACAGUAUAUCAAAAGUCGUGAUCCUAUAUUUUUCCACGCUACUGCGUUGCUUCCUGAAGAACUACAUACAGUAUCACAAUCCCAACUCAAGCGUGAAGUUGAGGAAACAACAAUAGAGAAAGAAGAAUGGACUAAUUUUGAUGAAAGCAAACAGAUUUUAUUAAACCAGGGUUCACUCUCAAGAACACCCUUUCAAAUAAAAACUGGCAUGAAAUCAAGUUUUUCUAUUGAAUUAGGUGAUGAGCGAAAACGUCAAAUCUUACCAUUCGAAGAAAAAUUAAUACAAGCUAGAUACCCUUCUGAAAUCCGUCCAGAAAGUAAUAUGUAUAUACAAAAAAAAACUGGACUUCCAUUUUGGUUUGAUGUCAGCUAUGCUUACUCAGGACUCCACAGCAUUGUUCACCCACCACCAACUGAACUUAAUUUUUGGAGCUUAAAAAUAUUACCAAUAUUUCAAAUGAAUCGUAAAGCCGCCGAGUGUGGAUUUUGUUUUGAUAAAUAUGCAGAGCUUGAAUGUCAGUUUUAUAAAAGUUGGUCACACGAAUCAAGAAUACAAACAAUUCCCCGGGAACUUGUUAUCUUUUGCGAUUGUUGCGAUAACUCUCGUAAUAAAGAAUUACCAACGUUUUAUCGCAAAAAUUUAAUACGGAUACAAGCUGGUUGGUAUGGAAAGGGAUUUAAGAAAUGUAAUAAACGGCGAAAGCAUUGAUGAGAUGUGUUAUUAAUUUUUUUUUUUAAUUUUUCUGACAUAAAAAACUAAAUCCUUAGGUAAAUAAAGAAGAUAAACUUUGUAUUCUUUAAACUCCAAA